UCACUUCGAAACAGUACUUACGCGAGCGAGGUCUUUUAUUUGCAUUGUUGUCUGGUGAAAAUCUGUAAGUAAUACUGUGUUAACUAUUUUCCAUCAACAUUCUUCCAACAUGGCCAGUGGUAAGGUACUAAUCUAUGGAGGCCGAGGUGCCCUUGGAGCGACAUGUGUCCAGUAUUUCAAGAAAAACAACUGGUGGGUUGGUUGUAUCGACCUUGCCGAAAACGAUUCUGCUGAUGUAAAUAUCGUCGUAGACCGAGAUGCUGACUGGAUUUCCCAAGAGCAGAGUGUGCUAUCGCAGGUUGAGUCAUCUCUGAAGGGAGACAAAUUGGAUGCUGUAAUCUGCGUCGCUGGCGGCUGGGCAGGUGGCAAUGCAUCAAAGGAUCUGGCGAAGAAUUCAGACCUCAUGUGGAAACAAUCGGUUUGGUCCUCGGCUAUUUCGGCUACUGUGGGUGCAAACCAUUUGAAGGUGGGAGGUUUAUUGGCAUUGACCGGAGCUAAUCCAGCAAUCGCCGGUACUCCCGGCAUGAUAGGUUAUGGCAUGGCUAAGGCAGCAGUACACCAACUCACGAAGAGUUUGGCUGGAAAAGAUUCGGGGCUGCCGGAGAAAUCGCUAGUGGUUUCUAUUUUGCCCAUCACACUGGAUACUCCAAUGAAUCGCAAAUGGAUGCCCACUGCUGACUUUGGCACAUGGACGCCAUUGGAGUUUAUUGCCGAACUCUUCCAUAAGUGGACCAAAAACGAAGAACGUCCUGUCAGCGGCAGCCUUGUGAAACUGGUCACCAAGGAUUCCAAAACUGAGCUGGUUAUAGCCGAAUAAGAAAUCAAAAUAUCGAUAAUCUCACUCUGAAACAUUCCAUGUACUGUUGUUGCUCUCUCUAUCUAUCUCUCCAUAUGAAGAAUCGUUUAUAGCGAUAGGCGUAUAAUCGUGCGGCUAUUAGGUGCUUAUCAUCCAAAUGAAAAAAAUGCCUCUGCUCAAGUUAUGUUGAACGAAUGCACCGAAAAUAAUACAGCACAUGUUAGCCACGUUACAGAAACUAG